GUCACGUAGAGCGUCCAUUCUGGAUCUGUUGGACUGAACCACAUCGGAUUUCCCACAUUUCAACGCGAAACCUGGUUGUGAAAACACAUGUUGAUGGAGGACGUGCUCCAGGGAAAUGACAGACCAGGGCAAUAACAAUCAGAACAUCUCACAAAACCCCUUCGCAGCUCUCUUCAGUUCCCUCGCUGACGCAAAGCAGUUUGCAUCUGGCCAAAAGCAACGGCGUCAAGCUGAGCAACAAUCUGUAGAUUCAGGAGAGAGCCAGUCUGAGUCAGACAACUCUGUGUCUGACAGCAUCGAUGACAAUGAUGACUCGGUGGCUGAGAUCAGCCGAUCUUUCCGCUCACGACAGGAGCUCUGUGAGCAGCUCAACGUCAACCACAUGAUCCAGAGGAUUUUCCUCAUCACUCUGGACAACAGUGACCCCAGUCUAAGAGGUAGUAAUGGCAUCCCACCACGCUGUGUAUACCUUGAGGAAGUGGCUGCUGAUCUUGAUGGCCAGGACUGGCUUAACAUGGACACCAUAGAACAGGCUUUGUUCAGCAGGCUGCUUUUGCAGGAGCUGGGAAACCAUCUCAUUUACAUGACCUCCUGCAGUGUAGUGAAUCUCUCCGCAGAUCGUGAUGCAGGAGAGAAACGUGCCAUACCGUACCUUUACGCUUGCUACCGUAGAGCUAAAGAGGAGAUCACUAAAGUCCCAGAAAAGCUGUUAUCGUAUGCAGUGCACUGCAAAAAUUUGACUGUGUCCAAUGCCCGCACUGUUCUGCUGACCCCAGAGAUCUACAUCAGUCAGAACGUGUAUGAACAGCUUCUGGACCUGUUGCUGGAGGCUGUGAGAGGAGCACAGUUUGAGGAAGUUAUGGAGUUUUUGGAGGAGGUUAUAGCUAGUCUGUUGGCUGACCAAGAAGUGCGUACCUUCGGGGAGGUUAUGGCGCCAGUGUUUGAUAUUUUCCAAGGCCGGGUCAAAGACUUAGACCUUUGUCAGCUGCUGCUCUAUUCCUACCUGGAAAUUCUUCUGUACUUCAGUCGGCAAAAGGAUAUUUCUAAGGUUUUAAUGGAGCAUAUUCAGCCCAAAGAUCCUAACAGUGGGAUUCAGUAUCAGAAAACGCUUCUGGGAGCAAUCCUGAAUAUUUCUUGUCUGUUGAAAACCCCUGGUGUGGUUGAAAACCAUGGCUUUUUCCUCAAUCCUUCUCGUUCCAGCCCACAGGAAAUGAAGGUUCAAGAGUCAAAUAUACACCAGUUUAUGGGGCAGUUUCAUGAUAAGCUGUAUCAGAUCCUGAAAAACUUGCUUCAGCAGUCCAGCGAGACACGCCACCUGCUGCUCUCGUGGCUGGGUGGCUGCCUGCAGGCCAACAUGGGGCGGGCAAAAAUCUGGGCAAACCAGAUGCCCGAGAUAUUCUUCCAAAUGUUCGCUUCGGAUGCAUUCUUCUUAAAUCUGGGCGCUGCACUGCUCAAGCUCUGCCAACCGUUUUCUCGACCCUACUCGCCCAAACUCCUGACCUUUAACCCCACGUACUGCUUGCUUAAGGAGCUGAGUGAGGAAGAGCGGCGUAACAGAAACGUGCACGCAAGAGGUCUGGACAAGGAGACAUGUCUGAUACCUGUACCCCCUCAACAAACGGUUGAAUUUGCCCAAUCAUACAGCCUUCUCACAGAAAAUCUCAUCCUUACACAGCUUACCCUGUACCUGGGCUUCCAUAGACUUCAUGAUCAGAUGGUGAAGAUGAAUCAGUCUCUACACCGGCUGCAGGGGACGUGGCGGGACACGCAGCUCAGUGGAGGCGCAGCAGCAGCAGAGCUACGGGAACAGUUUGAACGCCUCAUGACAGUCUAUCUCUCAACCAAGGCUGCUACCACGCAGCUCGCCAUGCUACAAAGCUGCCUCAACCUCCAAGCCUCCUGUGCCGCCCUGCUGGUUCAGCUCAGCCUGGGCAACCAGGGGUCUGAGCACAUCCCUCUCAUCUUUCCUUUACCUGCACUAGAGAACAGCCUGCUAUGCUUUGUGCCAGAAUUCUUUGCCGAAAACAUGGGCGAUUUCUUCAUAUUCCUCCGCCGCUUUGCUGACAAGGUGUUGGAGUCCUCGGCGGAAAGCUUAGAACAUGUCCUGACCUUCAUCACUGUGUUCAUGGGCAACGUUGAUAGAAUGAAGAAUCCUCAUUUGCGGGCAAAGCUGGCAGAGGUUCUUGAAGCUGUGAUGCCCCAUAUGGAGACUCUGUCACCUGGCGCUGUCCAGCCUAUCAUGUUCCAGCGCCAAAGGGUGUUCAACACAUAUCGGCAUGCACCCCAACUUGCUGAAGCCCUCAUUACAGUGUUUGUGGAUAUAGAGUUCACUGGUGAUCCUCAUCAGUUUGAGCAGAAGUUUAAUUACAGACGACCAAUGUAUGCCAUUCUGAAGUACAUGUGGGGAGAAGAGAGCUACAGGGAGAGCAUUAAGCGUCUUGCCGAUUAUGCAUCUGAAAAUCUUGAAGCCAUGAAUCCACCACUCUUCCUGAGGUUUCUCAAUCUCCUCAUGAAUGAUGCCAUCUUCUUACUUGACGAGGCUAUACAGUAUUUAAGUAAGAUCAAAAUCCUCCAGCUGGAGAGGGAUCGGGGGGAGUGGGACAGUCUGGCCCCUGACGCCCGCAGAGAGAAAGAAUCUAGUCUGCAGAUGUUUGGACAGCUGGGUCGCUUCCACAACAUCAUGUCAAAUGAGACCAUUGGCACCUUGGCUUUCCUCACAUCUGAGAUAAAAGGUCUUUUUGUUCAUCCCUUUCUUGCUGAGAGGAUCAUCUCCAUGCUCAACUACUUUUUACAGCACCUGGUAGGCCCCAAGAUGGGCGCCCUAAAGGUGAAAGACUUCAGUGAAUUCGACUUCAAACCCCAGCAGCUAGUGUCGGACAUCUGUACUAUUUACCUAAACCUGGGAGAUGAAGAAAAUUUCUGCGCCACUGUCCCAAAAGAUGGAAGGUCAUAUUCACCCACUCUGUUCUGCCAAACUGUCCGCGUACUCAAGAAAAUCAACAAGCCUGGCGACAUGAUUGUAUCUUUCAGUCUUUUAGCAGAUAAAAUUAAGUCACUUGCAGACAGGCAUCAGCAAGAAGAGGAGACCUUCUCUGAUGCUCCGGAUGAAUUUCUGGAUCCCAUCAUGUCUACGUUGAUGCUUGAUCCGGUGCUGCUACCUUCUUCGAACGUUACAGUGGACCGUACAACAAUAGCACGACACUUACUAAGUGACCAGACAGACCCUUUCAACCGCAGUCCGCUCACCAUGGACCAGAUCAGGCCCAAUGAAGAGCUCAGGCAACAGAUCAUGAAGUGGCUUGCUGAUCAUAAGCAAAGCAACCAGCAAAUGGGACCCAGUGGCUAAACCGCAUCACUCCCUUGAGUCCCUUCCCCCAGCACCCAGGCAUGCUCUGUAUGACUAAGCCAUUCAGAUGUUUCUGGCCUCUCUCAUACCGCUUUGAAACAAGAACAUUUAACCACAUUCGGAGGAGCACGCCUGCAUUCAUGCUGUUAAUGUGCUCCUCAAAGGUCAAAUGCAGAUCUCCAGUGAGAUGCCAUAUCACUGUAGCAUAUUCGGCUAUCUGUUCUUUCAAACUCCCCAGAGGUCUGAGGUCUCCGCAGACAGAACUCAAUAACCGGAGUCACUUUUUCUGUUACAUUUUGCCUUGCAAAGAUGUUCACUGUGGGAAAUGAAACUCGGGCUUAUAGACAGAUGACAGCAUACAUGAGGUUUGCUUACCCAACCCUCUACGGACACCUUGGCAAUUGAAU